AUGCGUAGCAGCUACGCCGAAGGAAAGAACAUCAGUCGGCGUGCUCGGCGCGCGCACGGGGUCGACGAGCUUCCGCUCGUUGAACUCGGCCUUGAUGCGGUCCCAAUACGUCUCGAUGCUCUGCCCGGCGACGACGUGCUCCAUGGGUGCGGCGACGACGAGAACCCGGCCGGAGAGCCGACGCUUUGCUGGCUCCAGGCCGCGUACGAGUGCCCACCGGGUGGAUUCAUCUUCGCCGCGGGCGCCGCCUCCGCUUGUUCCGCCGCCGCCGCAGCCGCAGCGUGCGCCGCUUUUUCCCUGGCCUUCUUGGCCCUGUUGCGACUCUCGGCGGUGACGGCCUCCUGGCGCUCCACAUCCGCCUUCCACUCGGCGUUGCUCAUGCCGGGAGGCUUGGAUAGCGGCGCCCUCGGCUUCCUUUGCUUCGGCUGGGCGGCGGCGGCGGCUGUGGGAUCCGUCGCGGCGCGCGACAUCACGUACUUCUUCGGCGGCAUGGCGGGCGGAAGGACCGUGCUCGCCAUCGGCACGGCGAACCCGGCGAGCCGCAUGCUCCAGGACGACUACGCCGACUACUACUUCCGCGUCACCAACAGCGAGCACCAUGCCGAGCUCAAGGACAACCUCAAGAGAAUCUGUAAGAAAUCUGGCAUUGAGAGGCGCUACGUGCACCUCGACGAGGAGCUCCUCGGCGCGCACCCGGAAUUCACCGACCGCGCGCUGCCGACCCUCGACGCGCGGAUAGACAUGGCCUCGGCCGCGGUGCCCGAGCUCGCCGCGUCCGCCGCGUCCAGGGCCAUCGCCGAGUGGGGGCGCCCGGCCGCCGACGUCACGCACCUCGUCUUCAGCACCUACUCCGGCGGGAAGGCCCCCAGCGCCGACCUCCGCCUGGCGUCGCUGCUUGGCCUCCGCCCCACCGUGUCCCGCACCAACCUCAGCCUCAACGGCUGCUCCGGCGGCGGCAGGGCGCUGCAGCUCGCCAAGGAGCUCGCCGAGAACAACCGCGGCGCGCGCGUCCUCGUGGCCUGCUCCGAGCUCACCCUCGUCCCGUUCUACGGCCCCCAGGAGGGCCGUCUCGACACCAUCCUCGGCCACGGCAUAUUCGGCGACGGCGCGGGCGCCGUCAUCGUCGGCGCCGAGCCCGUCGACGGCGUCGAGCACCCGCUGUUCGAGAUGGCCUUCGCUACGCAGGCGACGAUACCGGAUACCCAGGACGAGAUCACCAUGCAGCUCAUGAAGGGCGGCCUCGACUUCCACGUCUCCGUCCGGGUGCCGAAGCUGCUGAAGAGCAACGUCGAGCGCUGUCUGAUCGACGCGUUCCAAUCCAUUGGGAUCAGUGCUGAGUGGAACGAUCUCUUCUGGGCGAUCCACCCUGGUGGCCGUGCGAUUUUGGACCACGUUGAGCAACUGCUCGGGCUGGGCGUCGAUAAGCUGGCGGCGAGCCGACGGGUGCUGAGAGAGUACGGGAACAUGAGCGGGCCAACGGUGAUCUUCGUGCUCGAUGAGCUGCGCCGGCGUAGGGCAAGGGGAGAGGAGGUGGCCGAGUGGGGUGUGAUGAUGGCGUUCGGUCCGGGGAUCACGAUCGAGACCAUGGUGCUGCACGCCGCCACAAACAGCCUCGGGGAAGACUAGCUAUUCAUAAAGAGCAACUGAAUCAUAUGUUCCUGGAGGUUGUGUGGUACUUUAUGAUCUUGGACUGGGCUAGGUUGCUUCAGCAGCCACCAAACAUGAAGGGUAGACUUAUCGAAUAAGUUUUUCUACCGGUGGCGGGAUGUACCGGUGGAGAAUCUAUCACAAACGUUGCUUUGAGAUUGGUGUGGCUGGUAGACCCCACUAUGCAUUUGUUUCUCCUUUUUAACAAUACGAAUCUUAUACAAACACAUAUACAAGGUUGGACGGGGUCCACAGCAGUACCUUUUGUCA